CAUACACAAUUGCUCCUGUUAAAGCCCCUAGCACAUUACAAGCACUGUUACAUAGCUCAUGGAAAUCCCAAAUGAAAACUGGCUUAACCACAUUGGUUUCCAUAUCCCUUUGUUUAGAACCUGAUACUUCUGCUUGCUGGAAAUUCACACUUCUGUAUUACAUACAUAUAUAAAUGUUGCUCAGGUCCAAUACUGAUUCAGUGAAAGGGAAGAGGAGAGAGUCACCACAACUCAUUAAGUUCUCAAGAUGAACAAGAUUGUCUUUGUUAUUCUUCAAGCUGCUCUUCAGAUGGCAGGCAGCACUUCACUGAGGUUCAUCAAGCCAAAUGUUGUGGCUUUGGAGGUAUCAGAUCUGUCCAGCUUUGAGGUAUUGCUGCAUUGUGGAGAGCAAUAUAAAGGAGAGGAAAUUUACUGGAAGAGGAAUGGGGAAAGCAUGUCUGAGACAGGGAACCCCAUCACUGUUAUAGUAGAAGGGCUGCAUGGGGGAAACUUCACAUGUCACAGACCAAACAGAGAUCUUUUGAAUUACACACUACUACUGGUCCAUCCAGUUGAGUUUCCUAAAGGAGGAGUUCUUAUACAAUCUAGUGACAGAGAAUUCAUUUCUUGCACCGCAAGAAACUAUAAUGGACAAUUUAAUUGCUCUUGGAAAUGGCAUCAGGAACGGAUCCAAAGAGCUGUGGUAUAUUUCACAGCAAUUCGAAACUCUAGUCCCGUCAACUGCACUCUGGACUCAGAUAUAUCUGGGCUGACUUGUACUGACAAGGAUUACUGUCGGUACUCUGAAGAGUCUAGGAGCAUCAACCUCACACUGUUUGUCAGAAAUCUGCAUAGGCUGGAAGAGCACCACAGGACUUUCCUCAUCCGAGACAUUGUCAAGCCAGAUAAAGUUAGUAUCACCAAGAUCCAAGAUGAUGUAUUUGAGUGGCACCCCCCUGAAACUUGGAGUUUCCCCUGCAGUUUCUUUCCCCUCUCCUAUGAAGUGAAAGUGGUUCCCAACAAUCAUAGAUGUGACUACACAGGAAGUCGUGUCGAAAAAAAUGAAACCAACGAGACACAUUACAAGGUGAAAAUCAAAAAAGCAUAUACUUUCUGCGUCCGAGCACAGGACCCACUAACUAAAAAGGUUUGGGGUGACUGGAGUCACCAUCAUCAGACAAAACACCGGCACACCUCAGAAAAAUAAAAGGUGUAAAGGGAACACUCCCCUCUGCUUGACAGUCUGCUUUCUAUUCCUGACAAAAUAUUACAACUAUUCAUAUUUAUACAUAUUUUGUAUUAUUAAAAUAUGCCAUGGUGAAAUUUAUUUGAGAAAUAAUUUUCCAGAUCAUUAAAAAAUAUAUUGCAUGGCCUUUGAGAAUGCCUUAUUGGAUGACAGUUGUUCUAUAUUACUAUAUUAUUUUAUAGUGUUAUGUAAUAGGGUCUGUGUUAGCCAAGCACUGAGAAUUUCAUUCCUAAUGGUUCUAAACAGUACCAGACUAAAAAGGUUUGGGGUGGUUCUUUGGCUUGUAACAACAGCAGAACCUGUAAAUAGAACCAAACUUUUGUGCUAUAUAUGACAUUAACAGUGUUAAAAAAAAAUAGUUUAUUUUAAUAUUAUUAUUAAAAUAUAUUAUUUAUAUUGUCUUUUUACCCUUCUAUUUGCUUUGACUUAUAAUAUCGGUAACACUUUAUUUUGAUAGUCCACUUUAGACAUUCUACUAACAGUAAGUAUCUUUGUAACUACAUGUCAACUUUAUUUUGAUGGGUACACAACAUACAACAUACUGACUAUGAGAAACUUUGCAAGUACAUGUCAACUUAUUCUACUAACCCUAAACCUACCCUAACAGUCUACUCUGAGAUUUAGUAGACAUGUAGUUGCAAAUUAAUGAGAAUUAGUUGACAUGUAGUUGACAUGUAGUUAAAAUGUUACUCAUAGUUAGUAGAAUGUCUAAAGUGGACUAACGAAAUAAAGUGUAACCAUAAUAUCUCAUAGCCUUUACAUGAAAAUACUUGACAGCAUGUUGUGCCAAGUACUUUUAUUGACUUGAAAUUGUAACAAAAAUUACAGUGCUCUAACAACAGUUAUUAGAUGAAAACAAUAAUAAAUGAUAAUUGACACUGAACUUGAAUAAAUACACAAUGAAGUACAACUAGAAAAAAAAUAGAGAAAAUAAGUGUAAUAAAAAGAGAAAGAGAAAAUAAGUGUAAUAAAGACCAAAUUCCAGUAAAA